GUGGGCGUGGGGUACUGCAAUCGGUGGUGAUGGAAGGAAUGGACGGAAUGGACCGAGGAGGGGAAGCGUGCAACGUGUUAAACGUGUGGAAUAAAUCAUGGCGAAACAAGUGAGAAUGGUACUGAUAGAUCUCAGUGGAACACUGCACAUCGAUAAUACAGCAAUACCCGGUGCUGUGGACGCUUUAAACAGGCUUCGAGAUGGCAACGUCCCAUUCAAAUUCGUUACGAAUACAACGAAGGAGUCUAAAAGUUUUCUCCACGAUCGUUUGACGAACCUCGGUUUUGAUAUUCAGAAGGAGGAUAUCUUCAGCUCGUUGGCUGCGGCGAGAAAAUUGAUCGUUUCACGGAAACUAAAUCCAUUGUUAUUAAUCGAUCCAGCUGCUGACGAAGAUUUCGAAGGCUUGGUAAACGCGGAUCACGAGAAGAACGCUGUUGUAAUUGGGCUGGCACCGGAUAAAUUUAAUUACGAAGAAUUGACGAAAGCGUUUAGAUUGGUGCUGGAUGGCGCGCCGCUGAUCGCGAUUCACAAAGCAAGAUACUUUAAAAGGUCCGAUGGUCUGGCUCUAGGUCCCGGCGCGUUCGUCACAGGCUUGGAGUAUUCAGCGAACGUCAAAGCCGAAGUCGUAGGCAAACCAGCUGCGGAGUUUUUCAAAGCUGCAUUGUUCGACGUGCCACCGGAAGAUACAGUGAUGAUCGGCGAUGAUGUCAACGAUGACAUAGCUGGGGCGCAAGCCGUGGGUAUCAGAGGUGUUCUGGUACAAACCGGGAAAUACAGGCACGGAGACGAAAAUAAGAUCGUACCACCGCCUGCCAAAGUUUGCAGCUCCUUCGUCCAGGCUGUCGACUGUAUCCUUAAUAAAGAAAUUUAAAUCAAUCAUUUCGUAAGGGUGGUGUACAUGUUCUGUGGAGUAGUCUCUCGCGAUACAGUUCAGCUUCGAUAUAUGUAGAACGUACACAGUGAUUACAAAGAAAAUUCCCGAUUCCCGAUGUAUCGCGCGCGUUUCGUUUGCCUCGCUGUUGCCCCGCCAAGGCUCUUGUAGACGUCAGACAACGUUACAAAAACGUGUGUCGAAUAUCGCCUCGUCACGCGCGCGUGGUAGGGCGUAGAAAAUUUCAACUGCCAUCCAGUAACAAGAACAACAAGAACAACAAUGAAUCGUGUAUCUGCGGAAAUUAAGAUGGGAACAGCAGUCGUACAUUCGUAAAUAUCGCCAACGGUACAAGACGAUAGUUCUCAGACGCUGUUUACGCAUGAUUCUUUAAGCACCCGGCGGGAUACUGUACCGAAUAGUUUGACAAUUUUGAAUUUCUGUCGUUAUACGUCUUAAUCUUAGAUAAUAAAUGCUACACGACUAUUGUA